CAGCAUUACAUAGCAUUCAUUUUGAGGAUUGCGUUUCUAAUAGAACUGCUAAGUUAAUAGCUUGGGAGUCAUGGAAUAAAAGCAUGAUCUACAUUGAGAAUAUGGUAAUGCUUCGCCUGCGCAGAUGUUUGGGGAGCACCUGCUGCGAAAGUUGAGCUGUCUAACUAUGAAGAGAUGCAGCAGCAUCAACCAUGGACGUUUGUUUCAUACUCGCUUUCCUGUCUCUCGCGACCAUUUGCUGCCUCGUUUUCCCUUUCGGAGGUCCAUCCGAUGAUGACGAACGACGCCACCGCGGCCGCCGCUUCCUCCAAACGCUCCAAGAAGGACUUCGAUGGCGAGCGUCGGAGCAAGAGGAAGGCGAAGGCGAAGGCCAAGUCUGGAAAGCGUCGCCGUCUGCGCGACGAAUCAGAUUCAUCUCCCUCCUCCGGGACCGACGAGGAUCCCCGGCCCCGGCGCACGCGGGCGAAGAAGUCGGAGAGGCGCAAGAGGGCGCCAAGGAAUGCUAGCACUAAGUCGAAGAGGAGCAAGAAGAGGGUGUCCCGAAAGAAGCGGUACCGCAGCCUUAGCCCCUCGAGCGGUUACUCCAGCCGUAGUUGCUCCACCUGCCGCAGCAGUUCGUCCGGCAGCAGUAGCGUCUCGAGGAGCCCUCCCCCCAAGGCCCGGCUGAAGGAGAGAAGUAGGUCUCGAGGAAGAGGGAGGGAUGGGGAGUCAGAGAGAGGUAGAAGUCGGCGGCGGAGGAGGACGACCAGCAAUGAUGGCAUUCAGAAGAGUAGGAAUCGGUCACGGAGUUUCUCUACUUGUGCAGGAAGUAGGAAUAGCGGUCCCAGCGGCAGCCAAAGUAGCAAGAAGUAUGAGGAGAUGGAAGGGCAGAUGCAACUUCGAUCAAAGUCGCCUGUGGAAGAUGGAAGAGAGGUGGUGGAAGUCAGUGGGAAUGAUGUGGUCAGUGAUGGAAUUAUCCAAGCUUAUGAUGAUUUUGAUAGGUAUGAUGGGCGCAGGUCAGACAAUGAUCAAGAAUUCCAUGGGAGACAUGAAAGGGAUGAUUGGGCUUAUGCAAUCGACAACCAAUUGGUAGGCGGUACUGUCGCCGAGAAGCCAACAGUUGAUAAUGCUGGUGUUGGGAAAGAUGAUUUUGCGCCGAAGAAGAGUGAGGACAACUCAGGCACGGAGUCCGUCAAUUUGGAAUCCCAGUUAAGACAAAAGGCAUUGGAAAACUUUAAGAAGUUCCAACGUAGCCUUUCAGGAAACACUAGAUCUCCUGGUCAUCAGGAAGAUGAACCCAAGCAAAGUCAAUGUCUCAAUGAAGCUCAAACUGAUUUGGCAAACACGAGAAUUCUUGAAUGGCAACAAAGCAUCAUCAAAGGAGAAGUCUGGCCAUCUAAAUGUAGAGUUAGAUCCGUUGUCAAACUCCCUGAUGAGGAAGAUACUUCAGGGCUUGCACUUAGGCAACCAUAUUCCAAUGAAAAUUCUGGAGAAGUAAAUAAUUCAGGCCUUGACAUCAACGAAGGCCAGAAAAAUGUGGUGCAGUUGAAGAGAAUAAUUGAGACCUCAAAUGAAGCUUCUUUGGUGCAAUUGAAGAAAAUAAAAGAAACCUCAAAUGAAGCUUCUCUAAAUACAUCACCAAUGAAAGAGAAACAAGAGAAGAACAUAAAUGCAUCAUCUUUGAAUAGCAUCACAAAAGAUGCUGACAUGAAUCAGUCGAGUGGGCAACCAACCUUGUUAUUAUCUUCUCAGCAGAACUUUGAUAGUGGAAAUGAGAACAAAGAGGACACUGGGUCUCAGUUCCAACAAAAGACAUUCUCUAGAAUGCAUGAGGGAGAAGUGGUUGAGGUGAGUUACAAGGUUUACAUACCCAAAAGAGCCCCUGCAUUGGCACGCAGACAGCUAGAACGAUGAAGUGUGCAUAAUGAUCUUCAGGGAGAUCGAAGUUCUACAAACUGUGGGUGAUCGUGAUUGCACCGGGAUUGUUAGAUAGAGGAAUUAGAAGAGUAUGUAUAUCUCAAUCAGGCAUGGUGUAUUUGUAAGUUGAUGUUCCAUCUACAUGAUUCUGUUGUUGUUAGGUUGUGUUUCAAGUCCAAGUUCAGAUGAGGAAUUUUAGCUUCUUCAAGAUAAUUUGGGACUAAUAUGAAGUUAUUAAUCCACCAGUCUCGAUGAAAAAUAAUGAGUAAUGUUGUAUUCUAAAUUUUAUUGUCAUUACUUUCUCCCCCAUGUACUAGAUUGCUUUUGUAGGAUGCCAAUUUGGUUUAAGAACUCAGGUUUAUCAA